AGAAGAAGAGCGACACGACACAUGUCUUAAAAUUUUAUAGCUAACCUCUAAUUUAAUUUACAUUUUCACUAGGACGAAGAGCUUCUUUUCUGUAAAUAGUUUUUAAAAUGUCGUGGAUAUUUGGUUACGGUAAGAAUAAGGACCCUGUCCCUGAUCUAUCCCAAAUGGGUCUAGGAGCUCCCGCAGGUGCAGGGGGUUCAGGUGGUGGUGACAACUCGGAACCUCCUAAUUUAACUAAAGCAGAAAGAAGGGCCAUGGAAGCCUAUAGAUUUGACUCCACGGCUUUAGAACGAGCUGCUCAAGCUGCAAGAGAACUAGAAAAGUCUAAACAUGCCAAGGAAGCACUAGAACUGUCCAAAUUGCAAGAAACAACUCGUCAAGUAGAACACCAGACUAAAAUAAAAGAAUAUGAACUUCAUAUAGCACAAAUGCAGAUUGAAGCUAAGAGAGCUGAAGCAGAAGAAAAAAGGAAAAUGUUACAAGAAGAAACAAAACAACAUCAAAAUAGAGCCCAAUACCAAGAUCAGUUAGCAAGGAAAAGGUAUGAUGAUCAGUUACUACAACAGCAAAGAAUGAACGAUGAAAAUUUAAGAAGACAAGAAGAAUCUGUUGCGAAACAGGAAGCUAUGAGAAAGGCUACUAUAGAACAUGAAAUGGACCUUAGACACCAAAAUGAAAUGAAGAAAGUAGAAGCUGAGUUAAAAGCCAAAGCAAAGAUAGACAGAGAAAAUAGAGAUAUUACAUUGGAGCAAAUCCGGCUAAAGGCAGAGCAAAACAGGAUCACUGUUUUGGAAAGUAUAAAGACAGCUGGUUCAGUACUAGGUACAGGAGCUCAAACUCUUUUAACAGACUGGAAUAAAGUACUUACAGCCGCAGGAGGAUUAUCGUUACUCGCUCUUGGUAUAUAUUCAGCUAAGGGAGCCACCAGCAUCACUGCCAGAUACAUUGAGUCUAGAUUAGGUAAACCAUCUUUAGUAAGAGAAACAUCCAGGUUUUCCGUACUAGAAUCCCUUAAACACCCCAUAGAAACUAUAAAGAGUUUUAAAAACAAAGGUGAAGAUGCGCUGUCUGGUAUAGUUUUAGCUCCAAAAUUAGAAGAAAGAUUAAGAGAUGUAGCGAUAGCAACAAAAAAUACCAAACAAAACAAAGGACUGUACCGAAACAUUUUGAUGCAUGGGCCACCAGGUACAGGAAAAACUAUGUUUGCCAAGAAACUCGCCAAACACUCAGGAAUGGAUUAUGCCAUAUUAACAGGAGGUGACAUUGCCCCGAUGGGAAGGGACGGUGUUACAGCUAUUCAUAAAGUAUUCGAUUGGGCAAAUAGUACAAGAAAAGGUCUAAUCUUAUUUGUGGAUGAAGCAGAUGCAUUCCUACGAAAACGAUCAUCAGAAAAUAUCUCAGAAGACCUCAGAGCCACCUUGAACGCGUUUCUCUACCGUACAGGUGAACAAAAUUCCAAAUUCAUGUUGGUCUUAGCAUCAAAUACCCCUGAACAGUUUGAUUGGGCUGUUAAUGAUCGUCUUGAUGAGAUGGUUGAGUUUGACUUGCCCGGUUUGGAGGAGAGAGAACGUCUCAUUAGGUUAUAUUUCCAGAAAUUUGUAUUGGAACCAGCUACGGAAGGAAUAAGGAGAUUAAAAGUAGAUAAUUUCGACUAUAGUGCAUUGUGUAGCAGAAUGGCAAGAAUGACGGAAGGCAUGUCAGGUAGAGAAAUAGCAAAACUUGGUGUCUCGUGGCAGGCAGCUGCAUAUUCAUCUGAAGAUGGAGUGCUUACCGAAAAAAUGGUAUUGGAUAAAGUUGAGGAUCAUGCUAAACAACAUAGGCAAAAGGUGGAAUGGCAAUCCGAACAAGAAAGAAGAGAAUCGAAGAGUAUAUAUCACUCAGAAAAAGAAGAUUCAUAUAUUCCAGCCGGAUUGAAAGCUAUAGAAAACAAGACUUCCAAGGAUACCAAACCAAUCAAUCCAUCUGUAGAUCCAAAUCCAAUUAAAGUUAAGAUUGAAAGUACAAACCAAAAAGCAUCCAGUGAAAACAAAGACAGUAAAUUAGAUAUCGAUAAAAAUACUAAGUCAGACCGAUAGGUUACUGUAUAAGUAGUUGUUGUAUGGUGCAUUAGGCUAAUAUCAAACGAUUGUCUUUAUUGUUUAUUCGUUUGAUGGGACCUAAAACACCAUAAGCCGAAUGUUUUCCUAAUUAAAAUUAUAUGGGUAUGGCUGACUGCUCAGUUAAGACACAAAAAUUAGCGUAAAUCAUUUCAUUACAUAUUUUUUUGUAUUAUCUAUACAGUAUCGGCAUAAAAGUAGGGUUGUUGUGUGAAAAAACACUUGGUAAGUACAUUAAAAAAUUUGUAGUGAUUAAAAUGACACUACAAAUUGGAACGAUUAAAUAUCCAAAUGGUAUUGUUGCAAUUUUACUGCAAUUGGAAUUAAAUUACAAAAAUUGCAAUAACUUCUUAAUCUUCCAGUUGAGUAAAUUUUCAGGACAUAAAUAGUCGUGUAUAUCGGUCCCAGAGGCGGAUAUUUAUUGACAAUUAUUCUUAUUCAUGUACCAUGACCUUUCAGAACGUUGGUUACCAUCAUAGCUAUCUUAAUUUUAUUCACUGCCACCCUAAAUAGCAUGGUUGGAUCAAUACCAUACCAAUCUCGAAGGUCCUUCAACCAUGAAGUCUUUCUUCGUCCUGGACUGCGUUUGCCUAGUACUCCCGAUUUCUCUUCUUGAUAUGUUUUUUAAUCUCAGUAAUCUUGAUAAGGCGUUGUAGUAUUAUGGAGUUUCGAAUCUUCUCUAUCUAAGAAACUUUUAAAAUUCUUCUAUAACACCAUGUUUCGAAAGCCUCAAGGCGAUUUAGAUCGAUUUUAUUCACAGUCCAGGACUCGACACCAUAAAGUAAGACCAAGAACUCUUAGCAGCGAAGUAGACGAAUCCGUAAUGCCAAUUUUAGGUCUCUGUUAUAUAAUACCUUUGACAUAUAUGUAGGAUUCGUUAAAGACAAUCGUAAUAAAAGUCCGUGUGUUGUUAACAGUUUUAAUUAAUGAAAUAGAUAACUAAAUUAUAGAUACUAUUAAAUUGACGAAAUGUAAAAGUGUUUGUGUAAUUGCGACUAAAAUUUUACGAGUUCUCACAAAAGAAAAUGUCUUUGAAAUAAUCGCGUUUAUCUACUUAAUAUAUGACCGGCUUCUCAAUAUAUUAGUACGUCUUAAACUUCGUGUCCUUUCGAUUAUCGCCAAAUACAGCCUCUUUCAUUCGAAUCUAAAAAUCGACUCACUCUUGCACCCCUUACGCUAAAACAAAUUCUCUUACAUCUAAUCUCCCUUUUCCGUUUUCCCCUGAGAACCAACCUAUUAAAAUUUGAUCAAAGUAUGUACCGACUUUUUCCAAUAAACGAAAAUCAAUAAAAUUAGUCAAGGCGGCUACUGUUUAUCUUAAACUCCGAUUCCAAACGAUUCGCACAUGUGGCAUAUUUGUUCGUAUGCGUGAGACCCCUUUUUCGUGCUCGUAAUAAUAAUUUAGAAAAAAUAUAUACAGUAGACUUAAAAAUAUAAGGUAAAAUAUUUACAAUUCUACAUCUAUCUAAAAACGGUUCUGGCCUGUUUAAUUCUGGAUUUGAUUUCACCGUGCCUCCCUGCGUUACACUUUAACUGAUAUCCAAAGUUCAAGGUAAACAGUUUGAUCAACUUGCUCAAGUUUGGUACUAUUUACAUAAUAUAUAGACUGUUUUAUAUUCUGUUUACUUAUUACAAAUAUUUUGAUUUUCCGUCAGGUUUCCGGUUUUCUUCCUUCAGCUCUCAGUGUGUGACUACUGGAAGGUAACUUAGUCCAGGACGGAUCUGUUUUGAGAUGGACGUUGAGAGGUGACUCAUAUUUUUUGCAGAAAUUGCUUGGAAUUAACUCAUGUAAUAAUAAUUGAGUUAUCCUCCCACUCAAAAUGGUCCGGAACAUUGUUUAAAUAAUCAAAAUGUCAAAAAAUGAAGGAAAAAUUCGAUUUUUUUCUUCGUUUUUUGACUAUAACUUUAAAAGUACUCACUUCCGAGAAAAGUUGUACUGACAUAAAAGUUGCGUAAUUAAAUUUCCUAUAAUAUAGGAUUGGCUAACAAUUUUAAACAUUGUCACCCUUGUGAAAAAUAGCAAUAAUUGCGAAAAAAAAACAUAAAAAACAAGCAGUCGCAUUUUACGUUUUUCGUCCACUUAUGCUACACUUACUUAGGACCUCCAUAUUUUACACAAAAAAACUUUAUGAUACAGUCAAACACCAUUGUAAAUUUGAUAAAGGUCAGUUCAAAAUAUUUUGCAAAAUAAAUUUUGCAAUCCAGUUUUCGCAAAAAAAAUCAUUUUUUCAAAAUGUUGCAGGACUGAAAAUAAAGCAGAUAGCUUUAUACUUUUACAUAUAGAAGAAUACUGUACCUUUCAUUUGCAAUUUGUAAAAUUGAAAUCGAUUAACUACCACGGCGCCACGAAUGUUUUUAAAUACACAUUAAUUUUUGGUGCUACGCGCAGGACAGAGCGGUGUUCGAUUCACAUGAAAUUGAUUUCCACCAAAAUUUCUUCCAAUCUUCAUCUAAUAUAUUAUUUUCUUACUCUAUAUUUUGUUGUAUUUUAAUAUUUUAAUUCCACAAAAAUUAAACUAAUUUUAUUAUUGUUUGUGAAAUAUUGUUUAAACAAUUGCAUAUGUUUAACAAUAAUAAACUUUUAUUCUAUAAGUUAAAAUAUACGAACAAAGACAAUUUUUGCUAAAAAAUGUGUUAUAUCAAAGGACAGAGUAUGUGUUUUUAUUUUUCAAUAAACAAAUUUAUUUAUUUAUACCGAAAUGUACAUACUAAAAAUUAAAAUUUAUCAAUCAUUAUCAAAGGUCAUUGGAAUGCCCAAUCAGAGCAAACUGUCUGCUGUCCUGCAGACAUGUAUUAUACAUUUUAAAGUAGAAGACUUUAAAAUGAUAUUGCCAAUAUUGAUGAGUUGCGUUACUGAGACGACUUUACUAAAAGAUAGUUCAUUCGAUUACAUGAAAUCAACCUCAAUUCAAGAAUAUCCGCCACAAAAAAUCAUAGCAUGUGAUCUGUCUUUAAAAAGACAACCAAAUGCAACGGUGGCAAUAAAAUUCUCGCGCUAGAGAUUCCAUAGUAAAUCACGAGAGAAAAUCAGUAAAAACGUUAAUAAGAUAAUUUUUUUGAUAAAAUUGUGGCUUAUUUUCCAUUGAAAAUAGUUGAUUAUAAAUUAAUGUUUAUUUAAAAAAAUUCCUGACGCCGCGUGGUGGUUAACCGAUUUUAAUUUUUCAAAUUGCAAAUGAAAGGAGCAGUAUUCUGCUAUAUGUAAAAAAGAAAUUCAACUUGCUGUCUGCUUUAUUUUCAGUCCUGCAACAUUUUGAAAAAAUGAUUUUUUUGCGAAAGCUGGAUUGCAUAAUUUAUUGAAUCGAUCUUAAUGAAAUUCACAGUGUUGUUUGACUAUAUAAGUUUUUCUGGCUAAAAUAUGAAGGUCUAAGUGUAGCAUAAGUCGAUGAAAAACGUAAAAUGGGACUACUUGUUUUUUUUAUGGUUUUUUUUCGCAAUUAUUGCUAUUUUGCAACAAGGGUAACAAUUUUUAAAAUAUUUAACUAAUCCUCUGUUGUAGAAAAUUUAAUUACGCAACUUUUAUGUCCAUACACCUUUUCUCGGAAAUGAAUACUUUUAAAGGUAUAAUCAAAAAACGAAGAAAAAAAUCGAAUUUUUCGUUAAUUUUUUGACAUUUUGAUUAUUUAAACAAUGUUCCGGACCUUUUUGAGAGGAAGGAUAACUCAAACAUUAUUAUUUGAGAUAUUUUUAAGCAAUUUCUACAAAAAAAUAUGAGUCACCUCUCAACCCCUAAAUGUACUAAUAUUUUUAGAGAUGCGCCCUGGUCUAACUAGCUUUUUAAUUAAAUUUGAAUGUAACUGCACUGUGUCGUCAUCAUAUGUAUACAACUAUUUCAUUAAAAUUGAAAGAAGAUAGGCGUGAUAUGUAGAAAAGUAACUUAUCAGAUAAUAUUGAACCAAACGAUUACGUUACAGAAGAGAUUGUAACUUAUCUACUUACAUUCAUUUUUUUAUUAUUUAAACCAUAAUGUUAAAGGACCACCCCUUGGUUCAGUACUGUAAAAAUUUUACAGUGUCGACAGAAAAAGAAUCUUUACAAAGUGAAUGAAACGCAUAAAAAUCAGGAUAAUUAUUAUUUUGAUUUUAAAAAAAUAAUACUUUAUGACCAUAUUUAACUUUGGGUUCUGUGGCAGUUAUGGAAGGGUUCAACAUAACUACAUGCCUGAUGAUGGUGUCAGUCUUAGAUGAUGUUUUUUAGGGGCUCCAGAACCAGGUUUUCUUUCCGGAACAGUCUAGAGGCUACGACGCAUUCGACCGUUUCAAUUGAUGAAUUUAAUCUCUUGAAACACCAAUAUCACGUGAUAUGGUAAUUACAGAUCCCCCUUUCUCAACAAGUAACGUUGAAGCACGAACUUUCUCUUCAUUUCUGAGUUUCUUUCGCCCCAUGGUUUUUACUUAAAUUUUUCAAGAAGUUUCACAUUGACUACUUGUAUAAAGCUAACUGUAUGUACAGUACAAAUGCACAGAAUAAACUAAAGAAAAUAAGCGGUCAGCAAACUACAGGAACCUGCCGACACAAGUACGUCAUCAUCUCUCCCCUCAAACGCUAAACAGGCUCAGACAGAACGCAUGCAAUUUUUCUUCUAAAUUAGUGAUUUAUUUUGAAAUGUAAAGAUUUUUUUGGAUCAAAACGGCAAACAAGUGUAUGUUCUAAAAAAAUCGACAGUGUGUAAAAAAGUUUUAUUAUCAGCUAAGUACUUUUAACACAUAACGUGCCAUCAUCAGAGCUUCCUAAAAGGACAUUUAAGAUAAGAUUUUUUAUAAAAAGAAAGAUUGAAAAACUUAUGUCCUCUUAUAAAACCUUCAUAGAGAGCUGCUAAACGACACAAUAAAAAACAUAGAUUCUGGGCAAAAGCCACAGAUAUCGGGUAUAACAACCCCUUAAAAUGAAUAAAUUCACAUCUAAUUUCUUUUUUAUUUUAAAACGACAACAUGGCUGAGUCAAACCAUUUUGAGCCCACGUGAACAGCUGAGGAGGACUUUCAUUCAUUAAAAUGAUAAAGAAGGAACCAUAAUCUUAUACGACCUCUAUAUUCGUAAAUAAUAAUUAAAAAUUAAUCAAAAUUGAAAAUGACUAAAACGCCAUGUAUAGGUUAAACGAAUUUUAAGUUAAGAUACUAAAUUUUAAAGUUAAAUUUAAAAAAAAAUUACUAUUAUUAAUGUUGAAGUGAAAUGUUAACGUGUAUAUAAGUUAUCACAAUUCUUUUAAAAACAAAAAGUACUUAGCUGAUAAUAAAACUUUUUUAUACACUAUCAAUUUUUUUGAGAACAUGCACUUGUUUGCCGUUUUGACCUACUUAGAAGUGUGUACAAGUCCUACAGUCUUUUCCAAAGAUUUUUUGCCGGCGCUGUAUCUGCAAAGAUACUGUUGACGUAAUGUAAUACUCGAUGUAAUUUGUUGGCAGUCUUUUUAACGAGAAUUUGUCGGUCAGUCAGCCAUGUAACUUGUUCAUUCUGGCGCAUCUUGUGGUAGAGUAAUGUUUAGAUAUAAGUCACUAUUGUCUUCAAACUGGAUACCUAUCGAAGAGUUGCAUUUAUUUUUCACUAUUUUGACUGCUCUCGAACGUUUUUGUAUUUAUUUUCGUAAAUUUUAUUAUUAAAAAAACUGUAAAAUUGUGAUAUUUUGAAUGCAUCUCAGGGAAAUUUUACCAUUUUCUCUGCAUUCGAAUAAUUAUGAUAUUUUGUUAUCUAUUGUUGAAAUAGAGAAUUUUUAUAAAAAUAAAAA